AUGAAAACUAAAUAAAGAAGGUCAAUAAGUAGCGAAUCCAAAAAGCCUUCCAAUGACUACACUUUUAGGACUAUUUAGUUAGCUACUCCAUAGGUUGAAUAUUUCACUUCAAGAUCUACUACAGCGUCAGUUGAAAAAAAAUUACAUAAAUUGGGUAAACAUAGGAACGAAUUAAACUUACAGCUUAACAAAACAAUUAAUUAUGAUGAUCAAUCUCUUAGAAAUUCAAUGCUCUAUUAAAAUGAAGAUUGGGGUAAAUUUGAAUUUCCAAGUUGGUUAAAAGGAAGAACCGACUUUAUGAAACUUAGAAAAUCCAAGCAUUUUGAUUAUCAUUUAUAAGUCUUCUCAAUAUGCGAACAAGACCCUUUUCGAAGAUCUGAUGAACUGAUAGAAAUUGUUGCUAACUACUUGGUAAAAUUAGAUUUCUUUCGACUUAUGCCAUUAAAAAUGAUUAAAUAAAUCUCCAGUAGACUAUAGGCUAAAAGUUAUGAAGAGGAUGAAAUUAUAUGCAACAAAGGAGACAAAGGAGACUCAAUGUACAUUAUUUUCGAUGGAAAAGUAGAGGUUUUAGGACAGAAAAAAUUAGUAUUAGGCCCCAAAAGCUUGAUUGAUCGAACUGCUUUGGAAUUCGAUUACUUUAGAAAUAACACCUUGCAGGCAGUAACAGUCACGCACUUAUUAAUAUUGAAUCGAAUAGAAUAUGUUACAAUCUUAAAUCACAACAUGAAAGCAGAGCAUUCCAAUCAUGAGUAAUUCAUCAAGAGCCACUAAUUAUUUUCUCACUUUUCUGAUGAAAGAGUCAAUAAAUUUUGCAGUGUUUUGCAAGGAAAGUUUUUGACUAUUAAUGAAACUCUAUACAAUGCAGGAGAUAUGAUAGAUUACCUCUACAUAGUCAAACAAGGUACUUUGGCUAGAUAAAUAGUGAUGGAUUUAGAAGAUCAGAAUAGAUGGCCCAUUAAUUAGAAAAAAUGGUUAAGUUAAAUUAUUACUAGAACUAUAUCUUUCAAUAUUGAAUAUCAAAUAGGACAAUUAGUUGGAUACUCAGAGAUUAUAGAUAAUGAUUUUGAUUCAGAAAAAAAGAGGAAAGAAACUAUUUAUGCAAAAACUGAUUGCUUUUUGUUAUAUGUUUCUAAAUCUCAAUUCUUUUAAGUCUUCAAUCAAAUUGAUAUUUAGUAUUUUUAGAAUUACCAAACUCAAUAUCCUCCUAUGACUUAAGAAUAAUUAGUAAAAGAUACUCGCUAGAAAUAAAGUGAAUAAAAGUAAAAACUUUAAAUGGUAAAUUAAGCUAUUUACUCUCAUCUUAGAUAAUUCUCUUUUGAUUAUGAAACGCUUAAAAAAAAAGAAUAAAAGUUUGAUUAGGUUACAAAAAAUUAAAAAAAAGCUUCAAGAGAGUUUACAAAUCGUUACAAAUUAAUUCGAGGAGAAAAAAAAAAUAAAAUCAUAUCAUUAGACAAUUAUUGA